ACUGAAGCUGCAGCAGAUGUGGAUCAGUGAGCAAACGAGGGAGGAGACAGACGGGCCCUGCCGUUCACGAUGCGCGCUCCCGAUAAUAAACCUCUGACGCCUUCAUCCGGGAAUCGCUACGAACUCGCUCUCCAACAUGGCGGCGGCAGCAGCUAAGAAGAAGAAUAAGAAGGGGAAGACCCUCACUCUAACUGACUUCUUGGCAGAGGACAGUGGAGGCAACAAUGCGGCGCCCAGCUACCCGCCCAAGUCCACGAGCUGGGCCGAUGAGACCGACGACCUGGACGGAGAUGUCUCAACCUCGUGGCACACGGAGGAGGAUUCGUUCCGGGCACCGGCCAUUGACCGAUCCAUCCUGCCGACAGCGCCGCGCUCAGCCCGUGAACCCAACAUCGACCGGUCUCGAUUGCCCCCCCGCCCGCCGUACACAGCCUUCCUGGGCAACCUACCCUAUGAAGUCUCUGAAGAGUCGAUCAAAGACUUCUUCCGCGGAUUGGCAAUCAGUGCAGUGCGUCUGCCUCGAGAGCCCAGUAACCCAGAGAGACUGAAGGGCUUUGGCUAUGCUGAAUUUGAUGAUGUGGAUUCCCUGUUAAGGGCCCUUAGUCUUAAUGAGGAGAACUUGGGGAACCGAAGGAUCCGUGUGGAUAUUGCAGACCAGUCUAAUGAUAAAGAGAGAGAUGGACCUAUGGGUGGCCGGGACAGGGGUGGACGGAUGGGGGACAUGGGUCCUGAUAAGACGGACGUUGACUGGAGAGCUCGGCCAAGUGGAGAUGAUGAUGGACCUCCCAAGAGAGAUGAUGCCUUUGGAGAGAGAUCACGGGACCGCUACGAGUCCAGAGACGGUCCACGGCGCGACGGUGAUCGUUAUGAUGGAGGAAGAGACCGCUUCCGCGAUCGCUAUGACGACAGGGACCGCAGAGACUACGACAGAGGUGGUUUUGACUCUCGUGGUGGUGGUAGUAGUGGGGGUGGUCGUCGUGCUUUUGGCAGUGGCUUCCGUCGUGAUUAUGAUGACAGUCGGGGUAGCAGCGAUCGUUUUGGAGACAGGGAUCGUUAUGCCGACCGUAAUGACCGGUACGAACGACAAGAUGAGAAGCGUGACGAUAGAGCUCCUCUGCAGAGACCCAAGCUAAACCUUAAACCCCGUAGCAUGGCCCAGGGGGAGGAAGGUGGCGGAGGUGGAGGUGGUGGUGGUGGGGGUGGUGGCGGCGGCAGCAGCGCUGGUGGUGGUGGUACCUCACCCGCUGCACCUCCAAGUUCAGGCAGCAGGGCCUCAUCCAUCUUUGGUGCGGCCAAGCCUGUUGACACAGCUGCCAAGGAGAGGGAGGUGGAGGAGAGGCUGAAGAAACAAGAAGAGAGACUGCAGAGGCAGAUGGAGGAGGACAAAGGCCGAGGACCCGAGAGAAAGAUGCGAGACAGGGACCCGAGCUGGCGCAAUGAGGAAACUUAUACUGAGCGAUCUCGCACAGGAAGUGAGUCUUCACAGCAGGGGAGCACUUCUGGAAGAGGGUCCCGGUGUCGAGAUGGUGAGCACCCUGGGGAGAAUGAGGUUUUCAGCGGGAGAGACAGUGACCCUUCCUCUCCUGGGCCAACCUCAAGCCCCCCCCCUUUGGACUCCUCCAAGGAGUCACUGAAGGUGAUGCCUGCACCUCCUCCCAAGGAGAAUGUCUGGGCCAAGAGAAGUGCAGUCAGCACAGGCUCUAGUGAGGGUGAAGGACGACCUCCAGUCUCUCCUGUCUCCCCGAGUGGUUCACUUCCUCCCAAGCUCAGCCCCUCAAGUUCUGCAGAUGAAAGAGGAUCUGGAAAGGAUGAGAACAAGGCUGACGGUGUGCGUCGGGACCGGGGGCCCCCGCGGGCAAGAGGGGGGCCUGCGGGGCCUGGAGCAGGGCGGGGCCGAGGAGAGGGGCCAAACAGAGACCGAAGAAAGGAGGCCGACAGAAAGGAUAACAGAAGAGAGCGAGACUCCAGACCACCUCCAGAGCCAAAGAAAUCCGGAGAAGGCCCAACCCCCAAGUUCAGCUCAGCCAGUAAGUACGCCGCUUUGCUAAUGGACGGAGACCAAGGAGACGACGCAGAGGACGUCGAAUAGAAAUAAAAUUACGAGACAGGGCCCUGAAAUCGCAAGAAGAGGUGAAAUCAACGAAUGCAGAACAAAAUAAUCUCACAUAGUUAAAAUGAAAUAUCUCCUCACAUAAGAGGCUCCUGUGGGGAACCUCACUCACCACCUUUCUUUCCUCCUAUAAACCUCUCCUCUGCUUUCAACCCCCCUCUCUCUCUCCCCCACCCCGUCUUCAGGACUUUUUAGGUUCUAAAGAAUAGUCACAUACUGGACUUGUUUUAAAAUGGGGGAAAAUUAGUAGCUGACGCAUGGAAAAGUGAUGGAUAACAUUGAAUUAAUUGUAAUAAAUAAAUGGAGAAAAAAAAAGCGGGGAAAGUGAUUGGAUUUGUAAAUUUGUUGAUCACAAAUGUGGUAAAUGUUGGUGCUAAUGAUGGAAGCUGUAGCUCACAAAAUGGAACCUUUAUUCAAAUUUUUAUUUUUUGACAUUUGCUUCCAUUAUCCCUAUAUGGAAUCUAUAACUUUAUUAUAAAGGCCAUUUUAUUCAUUGCAAAUAUUGAUAUGGUAUAAUUAAUCUCUAGAAAUGUAUCCAUGAACAUUAGUCAAAAAAAAAAAAAAUCUUGUCUUCCACUACUAACAAGCAUGAAUGUUGAGACUUGGUUACCAAUUAAACAUUUUCAAUCAUGCAUUCA